CCUGCUGUUAGUCACAUGACCGAGCUCGGGAAACCUCCUGACUCCUCACUCCUCUCUCCUCCCCUCGGCCUGCUGUCAGUCUGCUCUUUUCUCUGUCUGUCUCUGUGUUUGUGUCUGUUAGCUAGCCGUUAGCUAUCAUCACCACCAACCGCAGGAACGACGCGAACAUGGCGGACACAGCCCGGGACCCUCCACCGCAGCCCGCCGACACCCAGGAUCUGAAGGACGGAGAGAAGCUGCUCCCGAAGGAGUCAGAACCAGCCAGUCUACCAGCCCAAGACAUCAGCACCAACUCAAACGGACCCAAACAAGACUCCCUGUUCAAAGAUGAUCCAGAGGAUCUGUUCGCAGAAGCCACAGAGGAAGUGUCGUUGGACAGUCCAGAGAGAGACGUCCUGCUGUCUGACGGCCCCUCACCCGCCAUCACCCCCAUCACGCCUCCCAUCUCCGUCAUCACGCCUCGCAUCGGCCACGCCCACGACGACAUGUUCACACACUCCUCCUUCGACGAGAUCGAGGAGGAGGAGGGCGGCGAUUCAAUCGACAUGCACAUAUCUGUGUCUGACCCUGAGAAAGUUGGCGAUGGGAUGAACGCGUAUAUGGCCUAUAAAGUCACAACAAAGACCUCUUUGUCUAUCUUUGCGACAAAUGAGUUUUCAGUAAAAAGGCGCUUUAGUGAUUUCCUCGGCCUCCACAGUAAACUGGCCUCAAAGUACCUGCACAUAGGCUAUAUCGUCCCUCCAGCACCGGAGAAAAGCAUUGUGGGGAUGACGAAGGUGAAGGUGGGGAAGGAGGACCAGUCGUCCAACGACUUCGUGGAGAAGAGGCGGUCGGCACUCGAGAGGUAUCUGAUGAGGACAGUGAAACAUCCGAUUCUGCUGAAGGAUCCUGACGUGCUGCAGUUUCUGGAGAGCUCAGAGUUACCGCGGGCCGUCAGCACUCAGGCUCUGAGCAGCGCUGGACUUCUCCGGAUGGUCAACAAGGCUGCCGACGCCGUCAACAAGAUGACCAUCAAGAUGAACGAGUCGGACGCUUGGUUUGAGGAGAAGCAGCAGCAUUUUGAGAAUCUGGACGUUCAGCUGAGGAAGCUUCACAUCAGUGUGGAGUCUCUGGUCUGUCACAGGAAAGAGCUGUCGGUGAACACGGCACAGUUUGCCAAGUCAGCAGCCAUGUUGGGGAACAGCGAGGACCACACAGCUCUGUCCCGGGCUCUGUCGCAGCUCGCAGAGGUGGAGGAGAAGAUCGACCAGCUACACCAGGACCAGGCCAACGCUGACUUCCACCUCUUCUCUGAGCUGCUGGGCGACUACGUCCGCCUCAUCACUGCCGUCAAGAGCGUGUUUGACCACCGUAUGAAGACGUGGCAGAAGUGGCAGGACACUCAGAUGCUCCUGCAGAAGAAACGAGAAGCUGAAGCAAAACUGCAGCACACCAACAAACCGGACAAACUGCAGCAGGCCAAAGACGAGAUCAAAGAGGAGAUUGAGGAGCUGGAGGUGAAAGUUCAACAGGGCGAGAGAGACUUUGAUCAAAUCUCCAAAACCAUCCGCAAAGAAGUCAGCCGCUUUGAGAAAGAGAGAGUGAAGGACUUUAAAACGAUCAUCAUUAAAUACCUGGAGUCUCUGGUUCAGACACAACAGCAGCUGAUUAAAUACUGGGAGGCCUUCUUACCCGAGGCGAAGGCGAUCUCAUAGAGUCCUCACAAACACAACAGACAGUCCUGACUGACUGGCUCCGGUCAAACUACACUACCCAUAAUGCUCCUGUGCCCUCAGAUCCCCCACUUCCUGCUGUUGAAGCUCUGAGUGAAGAGAGAAGUGACUUUUCUGCAGUAAAAGAAAAAAAUCAACAACAAAACUCAGACAACAUCUUUUAUUUCUGAUUAUUCUGAUGACUCUGUGAUGCGUUCAAGUGAUGUGGGAUUAAGUAAUGUCCUGAUUGAUGCUGUCACGUUUUUGCACUCAGCUGAAUAUUUUCUUUUAGGGUCAUCAUAAUUUUCUUUAUCAGAAAAUAAUAUCAAAUCUAUGUUCUGAUGUAUUUUUAUUUGAUCUGAAACCUGCGAAGAUUUUAUUUCUAAUCCCACAUGACCUGAACGCAGCAUGAGUCAAGACUUUGGUGGUGGUUUUUCUGCUCUUAAAAGAUGCUAAUGCCGUGUUUGUUAUUACAGCCAAUCACUCUGGUAAUUUAUUUUAGAGACAUAAAGAAAAGAAGAUGAUGGUUGAAGAAUCUCUCUCUGCUUGUUUUCUUCUCAGAUUUUCCUCAAUAAAAGCAGAAAUCUGCAUUCAAAAGUAAAGAAAUACUAUAUUUCCUCCAUAUUUCUUCUGUUUUAAGGCAUAUGGAGGCACAUAACUGCCAAAAAAUAGACAAGAAAAAUAUUUUAAAAAUUAGAAAUGAAUAGUAUAAAAGAGAAAAAGUAUAAAAUCAAAUCUUUUUCUUAAAGAUCUUAGAACAGUGAGUGAGUCUUCAGCUCUCUGAUUGGGCGUGUCUUGCUGCAGUGUUCUCUGGGAAAUGUAGUUCUUUUCUCUCCCAGCACAGCUUCAAAGCUGAGAUUUCCUUCAGUAAAAAGCAGCUAAGUGUCUUUGUGUUUUAAAGCAGGAAUAUAAUAUAAUAUUGAUUUGUUUUCCUUUAUAUGGCACUAUCAGCUGUCAUGGCAACAGCUGGAACACAACAGCAGCUAAACACACGAACGUGAUCACCCUCACAUGCUUUUAUUUUGAAGUUGGAGCAGGAAGCUGAUCCGGAGUCAGUGUGAAAGGACGACUGACUGCAGCCUUUGCUUUUUUGUGUCGUGUUCUUACUGUCACCUGUUCAAUCCCAUCGCUUUCUCAAAUACCUUUCAAAAUAAGAGCCUUUUUGUUUGAGCCUUAUGUUGCUGUAUGAUCGUGAAGUGAAGGCAACAUUUUUCGUUUGUCCUCUUUGAGUCGAUGAAGGAGAGAAGGAAGAAUCUCACCUCUGUGUAGAGUUUUCUGUCCUAAAAUGAAGCUUCAGUACCUCUCAGCUUCCUAUAAAUGAUUUUCACCAUAACAGUGAACUCUUAACGUAAUGAGACGCACAAACUUAACAACUCUGAAUUCUAAACUAUGAACAUUUUGGACUAUUCUGAAUAUUUUUGAUUAUUCUGUAUUUUAGGCAGCUAUAAGGAUGGAGAAAAGAUUGAUUUAAUCAUUCCUUUGUCUCCUAUAAAUAUACCUACGUAUUUAAGAGCAGCUUUACACUCAGAAAAACAAAUAUGUUCAUCAAAACUCUGUAAAAAUCACAUUUAGGAGUGUUACUUGUGUCAUUUAAGGGCCAUUAAAGUAAGACUAGGCUGAAGAAUAGUGGUUUAGACCCCAAAUACUGUUGUUCUGUUCCACCAUUGAUCCCCACAUUUAGUCUGCUCUCACAUCAGUUCCAUCUCUCUGUGGCUUAGCUAAUAAGGACUUUAUUGCAUCAUUUUCACUUUUUAUCAUUCUGACUGACUUUAUUUCAUAAUUCAGACUUUAUCUCAUUGUUUUAAGUUUCUAUGUCAUGAUUUUGACUUUACAACUCAUGAUUUUAACUUUUUAACACAUUAAAACUUAGAUUAUUACUCAAAUUCUGACUUGUAUCUCAUUAUUUUGGCCUUAUGUCAUAAUAAAGACUUUUUCACUCAUUUCAUUUUCAUACUUUAUUUCAUCAUUCUGACUUUAUUCCAGCUUACUAUCUAAUAUUUUUGACUUUUUGACUCAUUUUGACUUGCAUCUCAAAAUUUUGAGUUUUUAUCACAUAAUUUUAUUUUUAAAUAAAAUAUUUAGUUUACUACUCACAAUCUGACUUUUUUCCAUACAGUUUUGACUUUUUGACUCAUUGUGACUUACUUAAUUCAUAACU